AUGUUCCGAAUCGCCCGAACACGUCUUAUGCCCGGUCUCCUGGGUCUCACAACCGCCACGGUGGGUCUCAGUAUGGCCUCGUCUCUGCACAUGCCACGCAUCUACGCCGACGGUCUUCAACAGCAUCCAGUGUCUCAGCAGCAGGUGAUCAACAACGUGAACCGUGACGUGGAGCGGGUUUCGCAGCAGGUGGAGCAGGUGGGCAAGAAAGUCGACUACCAGCAGCUCACCAUCGGCUCGUUUGUGGGGCUCAUCAGUGGAGUUGUGAUUGGCAAGUUUUCCAAGAUUCUCGUGUGGGUUCUGGGAGGCGCGGGUCUGCUGAUCCAGUUUCUCAAGAGCCGGGGAAUUGUCGAGAGCAACCCUCUGACCUCAAAGUCGUUCCGAGAGGGCGUCUACCACAAGCUCAAGGGCGUUGCCAUGGUUCUGGGUCUGGACGAGACCGACUACCAAGAGCUCAUCAAAGACAAGCCCUCGUUCAAUGUCGCCUUCUUCCUCUCUUUCCUUGUUGCCGCCUGGAAUAUUUAG